AUGGCCACGGAGGAAGUUGUCAAGGCCUUUAAUAAAGAGGUGAGCUGGGCAUUAACCUAGGAGAUGGGUGGAUAUCUUGUGGUAACAGUCUUUUAACACUCCCGAUUUCAGCUGGCGACAAUGAAGAAUGCAAAGUCAGCUUUGAGUAAGGAUAAGAUUAUUGCCAUUACAAAAGCGGCGAUGAGUGCUUUAAGGUACUAUAAACAUGUUGUCUAUGCUGUCGAGAAGUUCCUUGCGAAGGUAAGUUGUUGUUAUCACGGUUCUUAUUCUUUAUUUAGUGUAACACAAAGCUGAAAGUACCCGGAGUUUAUGUUAUUGAUUCGAUUGUAAGGCAGGGACAGAAACAAUUCAAACAUAAAGAUGUAUUUGGUCCAAGGUUUGCUGUGAAUAUUCUUCAAACCAUCGAAGGGAUCCUCGGAGAAUGUCCAGUGGAAGAUAGGGUAAGUAAUUAGUGCAAUUAUUUAUGUUUUUAGUUAAAAGUUGUUCGGGUGAUAAAUUUGUGGAAGAAUCAUGAAGUCUUCUCUCCAGAAGUCUCGGACUCGUUGCUCGAAUUAUGCAGACGACUAAAUUUAGGUAUGUUUUAUGUUUAGUUAAAUGCAAAAGUCGCAUUUGAGUUGAAGUUCUUUCUUCAUUGACUUUUAACACUGUACAAUUUUUUAUUAUUUUUGCUUUUUAGAAACCGAUGUGGAAAAAGUUGAACAUCGAGUAAAGGGAGCCAAAGCGGACAUGUCCAUCUACAGGAAUGUUCAGAAGAAGCGAGGAACUCCUAGGACUCCACCGCCAAUAGCUGAAGAGCAUUCCAACGGAAAUGGAGAAGUUCUAAGCUUGUCUGAAAGCCAAUUUAACGACUUAUUCACUCGAAUGUAUCCAACUUUGGCUGAUGGAUUAAAUCGGGAUAAGGAAUCUUUGAAGAAGAGUUACAAAAUAUUCCAAGGGAAGCUGAAAGAUUCCGUUGAACGGGAGAAAGCUGCAACUGGUGGAAAUAUAGCUGUAAGUUGUUAUUUUUCAUUGGUUUAUAUUACUUUUGAUUUCACCGAGUAGUAAUUUAUUAUUUUAGCAACUUCUUACAACAACUUUUGAUUAUUCGGAUGAUGAAGAUGAAACAGCUGACCGCUCAAAGCCAGAGCCGAUAUCGAAAGAGCGUUUGGAAGCGUAAGUUCACCUAAAUAUUGUUGUUCAUGUGUUUAGAUUGGCCAGGAACAUCUGCGAACAAUCAGAAUUUGUCAGCGAAGUCCAAUCUACAUUAAACAAACCAUUGGAAUCACGAAGAAGAGAGUCUUAUAAUCGAGAUGACAGGAGUUUCGAUCGAGGUCAGAACAGAUCUCAGGAAAGUAAUUUGAAUACAAGCAUACAGUCGUUCGAUAGUCGAGUAAGUCGAGUAUAAAAAGAUAUAUUGUCUUGAUCUUUAUAGGCUUCACGGAAUGGGCGACGGAAAAGAUCUGUGUCACCACCGAGAAGUGACAGAGAUCCUCGGAAAAAGAGGCAUCGAGAGAGGAGUCCCGAGAAGAAGUCAAAGCGCAGAUCAAGAUCCAGGACACCAGAAUCAGCUGCUGAUAAGGACAGGGAGAAGGAACGGAAGAGAAAUGGGCUUCCUACCCAUCCGAAGAGGGAUUGUCUUGUCUGUAAGUUGCGUUUCCACUUGAUUAUUUAUUAUUUUAGUGGCCACUCGAACCCUUUGGUUUGGUCGAUUACCCACCAAUUGUGUGGAUCAUCAGAUAAAAGAAGCCCUCAAAAUCUCCGGAUAUGAACCAGAAAAGGUUAACAUCAUUCCUUCGAGAGCUUGCGCUUAUGUUACCAUGCCCUCAAGAAGAGCUGCAUUCAAAAUUAUGGAUAAGUACAAAAGAGAUAUAAAGAUUGCUGACCGCUCCAUCAAAGUCGAUUGGGCAACUGGAGUGGGAUUGCAGAAGAAUGAUCGAUUGAUGGAUUACUGGGAUGCGGAUAAAGGGUAUGCUCAGAUUCCACAUCAAAGGUUGCCAUCCGACAUUGGACAACUGAUCCAAGGAAAUUAUGUUGACGUUGAUACACUCCCAAGCAAUCUGAAGGGUUGGUUUUUAAUUUCGUUUUUGUCUUGAUCCUUCGGUGGUAUUUAUAAUGUGUUCUUUGUAGGGAAGUAUCACUCAACAGGACCAGUCGAAUCAGAUCCAAUCCCCCCUCCAGCUGAUCCAGAUCAGGCGAUGAUAGCCAGUAUUCCAACUCCAGCAGCUGCUAAUCAGCCACUUCCGCCCCCUUUCCCUCCAUUACCACCGAAUCCAGCAGCUCAGGGAAUCCAGCCAACUCUAACCCAACAACUGCCCGCUGGAUUCCCUAACCUUGGAUUGGCCCCACAUCUUUUACAACCCAACAUUCUGGCGGCUGUUCUGGCACAACAGCAGAAUUUAAAUUUGGAUCAAUUGGUAAGUUUUUGUCGAAAAUAUGUUUUCAUUUAUUGUUACCUCGAAUAAUGUUGCCUUUUAGAUGAGUCAGUUUCAAUCCAACAACUUGGUGCAAAAUGCUGGAGGAAAUCCACCACCAUCGCAAAGUAGGUUGUUUGAGGCUCAGUAUCUUAAAUUUCAUAGUAUUUUUUAAUCAAUUUAAAUUUUUAGUUGAACAGCCCGAUUCUCGAGGGCCUCCCCCACCUCGGCCCCACUUCCAAGGUCGAGGGGGUCCCAGGUUCAACAACUUCAAUUCCCCUCGCCCGGAUGGGCAAACUUUCUUUAGGGGGAGAGGUCGAGGCCAAUUCCGUGGCCAGAGAAUGCCUUUCAGAGGGAGUCCCCGUUUCGAUCAUCCUCGGCCACGAUUCGAAGCGCCUGAAUUCCAAGGAAACGCGAAUCUGAUGCCUCUUGGAGUGGGACCCAUGAACAUUCCACCACCAGAUCUGAGUGCUCUAUUGGCUGCUGGAUUACCUCCACCUCAACUUGGCUCUCAACCUGGACUGCCGAUGGGUUUAACACAGCCUAUGGAAGAUCAGUCUGAGCCCAUGCAAAUGCAGGACGAUGAAAUGGAUCAUUCGUCAGGUCCUCCAAGCAUUCCAGAAUCAUUCAAACUUCCAGGACAGCGGUUUGGCAAUCUGCCGCCAGGUCUGCCCGGUGGACAAGCACAUCCUGAAGUCCCGAUAAGUCGAGAGAAUCAGAAUUUUCAUGAAGAAUUGAACUCAUCGCACGGGAUAAAUGAGAGUGGAGAGUCUUCAAUUCAGCUAGACCAGCCCCGAGAAACUGAAAAUCAAGCAGGAAAUGCUCAGCCAAGGACUCCAGAAGGAAAUGGGGGGACGUUUGAACCGAGGAGAACAAGAUUCUCGGCACCGCAUGAAUUCGAUGGGGAAGAUCCAUUCCGCCAUAAAGGACCCCCUCAUGAUGAUAGCUACGAAGACAAUCCCUUCCAAAAUAAUGACGAUGAUGACAAUCAACCUAAAUCCCCUGAGGAAAAGUUUACCAACAAUGUGAGUGGGGACAGCCCCAUGCAUAUGACCACCCCUCCCCCGGCUUCUACACCACCUCCAGAAACUGAGUAG